AUGAACAAAGUCCAAGCUGUUCAAAACCCAUAUACUGGCACUGUCGGCGAACCGUCUGGGUCGAAGGAACAUAUUAUUGCUUUUUUAAAUGAGUUCUCUGGUACUUUUGUGUACUUGUUGAUUAUUUUCGUGGCGAGUCAAUAUUUCCGCAAGGAUGCAGCUAUUCAAGAUAAUGGUCCUAAACUACGCCAAUGGAUUGUGAUUUCCUUAGCUUUCGGUUUAGGUGUCAUGGCUCCUGUGUGCAUGUUUUCCGAAAUCUCCCCCAACUGGGGUCCGCCUGCCACUUGGCUAUUCAUUUUUGCCGGGGUUUUUCCUCCAGUCAGAGUUGUAUUCUUGGCUUUGUCCAACAUUGCUGCUACCAUCGCUACUGCUGGAGCAAUUACUUUCGUUAAGGCUGUAGCUGGCGGGACUUCUAUGUCUAGAGGUGUCUUUAUUGAAUCUUUAACGAUCUGUGCCGCAUUUAUGGCUAUCCUGUUUGGACCUGUUGCUGUCGGCUCCAUAAUUGGCCAGCUCUACCUAAAACUUUAUGUGUACACAUAA